AUGGCGUUUCGUAAUGAUGAAGAGCUUGAGCGGUACCUAAAUAAUAUGGUCGAGGAUGAUGAUAGUGAAACAGAGCCAUUAGAGGCGGAGGAGGCUUCUGAAAACGAAGAUAACGUGUCCGUGCAUUCCGAACAAGACGACAUUAUUUCCGGCUCAGAUGAAGAUGAUGUGCCACAGCUUCGAGGGAGUGUUUUGAAAGACCAGUUACUGAAGGAAUAUCGACUUACUUGUAUUGGAACUUUACGUAAAAAUAAACGUGAGAUACCACCUGCUUUCCUACCGAAUAAAUCAAAGUCUGCUUUGUCCUCUCAGUUUGCAUUUGAUCGCGAGAAAACGUUAGUCUCCUUUACUCCAAAGCACAUCCCACCAACAAUUUCCAAUGAGGUGUAA